AACGGCGCCGGCCUGGCCAUGGCAACAAUGGACAUCAUCAAGUUGCAUGGCGGCUCGCCCGCCAACUUUCUGGAUGUGGGUGGUGCGGCGACGGCAUCGCAGGUGAACGAGGCCUUCCGUCUUAUCACAUCCGAUCCGAAGGUCCAUGCAAUUCUCGUUAACAUCUUUGGCGGUAUCAUGCGCUGCGAUGUCAUUGCGCAGGGCAUCGUCGCUGCUGCCUCCGAACUCAACAUUAAGGUGCCCGUGGUGAACCUGGCAUUGGGAGUUGUCGAUGACAUGCUGUUGGUGCCACUGGAGUAG